CCAUGCUGUGAAAAGUUUUUUCUGACCUUGUUAAUCUACUAUGGAUGAUAGAGGGUAUGGAAUUCUUCUUAAAGAUGCAAGGAGAAUAAGUCUGGAAUGCAAUUUCGUUUAGACAUUAAAGCAAGCUUUUCUAUUCCUACAGGCUCAAAGUUUUCAGUAUCUUGUCCCCCAUUCUUAGAAGCCUUAGAUAUAGUUUCCCGAGGCUUCUAAUCAUCAAGUAGGGACAUCUCAUAGGUCUAAAGCGAACAUACAAGUCAUCAACCCUUAUAGAGUCGAUGCUCUUGCUUUCCUCUAUGAUCGUAACCUUGGGUCUAAAUCUCUCAGGGAGAGGUCUUAGAAUUUUUUUUACAGUCUUGGACUCAGGUAUUAUCUCCACAAGGUUAAUACAAGGGUUCACUAUAUCACUAAGCUCAAAAUGGAAUGCAGAGAAAGUUUAAUCCUCUUGCAUCCUAAUGCUCCCAAAUUUGGAGUCAGCAUUUGGAUUUUAGACAGCUUCACAGAUGAAGUGCCUUCAUGGGUUACUUCAAGGAUGUCCCAAGCUGAAAUUUGUCAGGACUAACCCCAUUAAAAAUGUUGUAAGGGACCCAAGCAUUUGCCUCACUUCCCUCAUUGUUUAAUUUGUCUCAUUCUUGUUUGGACUUAAGUUCUCCUAUUGAUCUUCUGAUUUUAUUCAAUUUUAAUGGCGACCUCCAUCUCAUUAGGAAACAAGACUCAAAGAAAGGAAAAAGAAUUGAAAAUUCAUUUAAGGAAAAGGAUUGGGGUAAUUUAAAGGGAAAAACGGUUGAAUGCUAUAAUUGUGGUGGGUUAGGACAUGUGUCUUCAGAUUGUCCUAGUCGCACAGAUAUUAAAAAAUCUAUGCAGGCUACCUAGAGCAACACGGACUCAAAUGUCAGCGACUCAUCGAUUCCUAAAGACAACAGCUUGUUGGCCAGUAUAUGUUCAAGUGAAAACUACGCAUCUGAAGGAUUAGAAUCCUCUGAAAUGGAUUCCAAGAAAGUGGUGCACAGUGGCGGAUGCCACUGCCGGAGGGUAAGAUGGAAGGUAGAAGCACCCGCCAGUGUUGUAGUUUGGAAAUGUGACUGUUCUAACUGCUUCAUGAGAGGCAACACUCACUUUAUUGUCCCUGCUGAAAAAUUUGAGCUAUUAGGAGAUUCAAAAGAGUUCCUUACAACCUAUACCUUCGGCACUCAUACUGCAAAGCAUACUUUCUGCAAGAUUUGCGGCAUAACCUCGUUUUACAUUCCACGAUCAAAUCAAGAUGGGGUUGCAGUUACAUUCAUGUGUGUGGACCCGGGAACGCUGACCCAUGUGGAGAUUAAGAAUUUUGAUGGAAAGAACUGGGAAAACUCUUAUAAUGAAUCAAACAUUGCUUCAUGUUCAAAAGUGCAGAACGAAGAGAUUGUUUGAGCUGCACCCAGAAAGGUUUCAACUUGGACUCCAGACAGCGGUAUGAGAUUUAUGUUGUGUGAUAAAGGUGUAGAGAGUGGUGUCUGAUGAGAACAACAGAAGUUCACUAGAACCAAAACCAACUUUAGUUUUAUUUCUAUUUUCAAUUGUAUUAACAAAUUCUUGGACUUCUAAAUUUUGUUUGGUAUUUAUUAUUUGCUAUUUGUGAAAAAAGAAUAUAUGCUUGUGCA